UUGGGUCCUCUAUGUCUGUUCAUGAGUGAAGGAAGGGUGAAGGGAAGGGGAGCAAAAACAAGCUCUGAAUACGAACAAGCUGACACACAUAAUGCAUGCCCUCCCUCCCUCUCUCCAUCACUGUUUCUCUGACAUGUGGAUACUCUCUCACCCCCUCACACACAUGUUCCUGCUCUCUCUCCCUCUGCUCUGCAGCUCCUCAUCACAUCGAACGCAGCACGGGAGGUGAUUUCAGCCGCUACAUUCAUUAGCCAUCGCUGGUUGUUGGAACAAGCUAAUUAAGAGGAGGCUGAGUGUGUGUGGAAGAUCUGGAGCGCCUGCUGCCGUCCCUUCGUCUGCUCUCUGUCGCUUCACUGUGGACCAGGACGGGAGAGGAGAGAAGGAGGCAGAGGAGGGAGGUUUGAGACAGCUGGGUGGAAGGCGAUUUUCACAGCACUUCACCAUCAUCUGUUCAGACACGGCCACCGCAUAGGAAUCUGGUGCCACGGCAACCGUCAGCUCAGCAACGAGGCAUCUGAGGAGACGGAGACAGUGAAGUGAACGUUGAGACAGAGUGUGGGAUGGCGGUAGAGGAGAAGCCAGGUGUGAAGAGCAGCAGCUCCAUCGUCCCCUGCUUCCUGUUUGUGGAGCUGGUGAUUAUGGCUGGGACGGUGCUGCUGGCUUACUACUUCGAGUACACCGACACCUUCCCCGUGCACAUCCAGGGCUUCUUCUGUUAUGACAAGAGCUUCUCUAAGCCCUACCCUGGGCCAGAGAGCGCCAGCAAGAUCCCUCCGGUGCUGAUCUACUCGCUGGUCACAGCCAUCCCCACGCUGAUGAUCCUCGCUGGGGAGCUGUGCACCUUCUUCAUCAAGGCAGAGGGUGUCCGGGAGAAGACCAUCGUCACAGCAGACUGCUGCUACUUCAACCCCCUCCUCAGACGCAUCAUUCGCUUCCUAGGUGUGUAUGCCUUUGGCCUGUUCACCACCACCAUCUUUGCCAAUGCCGGCCAGGUGGUGAUAGGAAACCAGACGCCUCACUUCCUGUCUGCCUGCCGACCAAACUACACAGCGUUAGGCUGCCAGACCACCCUGCAGUACAUCACGGAGCGCCGCGCCUGCACAGGAAACCCGCUGGUUGUCAUGGCUGCACGGAAAUCCUUCCCAUCCAAAGACACGGCUCUCAGCGUCUAUGCUGCAGCGUUCACAGCGAUGUACGUGACGCUGGUGUUCAAGACCCAGGGCACGCGGCUCACCAAGCCCACCAUCAGCCUCACCCUGCUCUGCCUGGCCGCGCUGGUGGGCGUGGUCAGGGUGGCUGAGUACCGCAACCACUGGGCUGACGUCCUGGCGGGAUUCUUCACCGGGGGUGCCAUCGCAGUGUUUCUGGUGACCUGUGUGAUUAACAACUUCCGGUGGCUGCAGCCUGGUGCUCCUUCCCCACGACCCCAGCGCCCUGAGUCCCUGCUGGGCAUGCCCAUGGUGACACUGCCCUGUGUGGAGAGUCCACUUGAAAAGUUAAGUGGCCCUCAGACUCCGCGGGGAUCUCCGUUCACUGAGAUCACAUGACCGUCAGCCCUAUCGGUUCCCCGCCGCCCCCGAUGUCCUCAUACAGUCUCGCUCCAUCUCCAGCGAAGUGUAGAUGAGUCGGAGCAGCACUCGCCACACUGUGCCGCCCAUGCAGCUGGGCGAUACACGGCGCCCCACCGAUCUUACUCCACGCAGGUCUAGACCUCUCCUCUCCCAGCACGUGCCAUACAGACACCCUGUUGCCCUCUCUGCCCCGGGAACCGAUAGGCGAACUGUCACAGGACUUUGACUUUGCUGGACACCCAGUAACACGCUGAACAUUGAGUACACAGUCAGGUACUUUUAUCUCUCUUGUCAUUUUAAAGACUCUUUUGGUAUAAACUCAGUGAUGUGACGCUCACUUCCAUUAGCAGUGGUGUGCUCUGUAGGGACAGCAAACUGUGACCAGUGAGCGUGUCCACUGCUUGUUCUUCACAACCAUAUGUUUACACACAUUUGGUACUGAAGUGUGACGGUGAUGUCUCGGUCCAACUCAGCUGUGGCCGCCAGGAGGCUGCCACGAUGGACCAAAGAACCACGCCGGAGGAUACGUCUGCUGCAGAGACUCACUGUGAAAUCAUCCUUUUAGCAAGCCACACACUCUCAGUGGCCAGUUUAUUAGGAACACCUGUGUCACUGAGUCAGUCUGAUCCAACAGUGCUGCACUGAGUCCUCCUCCAGGAAGGUGGUGAUGUUCAGUUUGAGUUCAGACCGUUCCACAGAGGUGCUGGUUCACCUGUGCAGUUUGUGCUACUGUUCACCUGGACUGGGUUACACAGAGCUGGCUCUGGUGUUUAUUUUUUAUUUAUUUAACCAGUGUUUUACCAGGGGAAACCCGCUGAGUCUUACACCGACGCCCUGGCCAAGACAGCAGCUUAGCCUUGUUGAUAUAAAUGGGGUGGACACAGUAACAGAAACACCUCUCUGUAUAACACAGUGCAGUUCAGCAGCACUUCAAACACUUGAAUCAACACCUCUCUUAAGCUGCCUUUAGGGUGGAUUCACACAGUGCACUCUGUGAAAAGCUCGGCCCUUCUCAGUCGUUUCAAUGUGUGUGCUCACGCUGCAGGACCAGGAUCACAGGGCCUCUGCCAAAACAGUGCAGCUGAAUAUAGUUCAACUUUUUCUACAAGAUGACACAAUCUGGUGCGGCACUGCUUUGGCUAAUCACAUGCAUUCGAGUGUGCAUUCCUCGUGGAUUAGUUUGUAAUGUGAACAUGGCACUGCUGUUUACUGUGACCUCAUCACCCCAAAGAUACAGCUGCCCCCGUGGUAACGUCCCAGAGUUGUACAGUCCUGUCUCUGAGGAUUACGAACCACUGUGCUGGGUUUUGGAGUCUAAUCAGCUUUAAACACAAAUCUGUUCCUCCACCUGAGGCCCUGGAUCGUGUUUCAUUCUCACCUGAAACAGCACGGCCCCCUGUGGUGUUUCAUCGUGGGACAGAUGUUUGUGUGAAUCUGGCCUAAUACUGAACGUUAUCAAGCAGGACUUACUGACCUAGUUUGAGACAGGUGUUCCUAAUAAACUGACCAGUGAAUGUGCUCCUCUGCUGUUACUCGCCUCUUUAACUCCUCCUCCACACAGACUGUAGUCUGAGUAGCAGAGUCCUCGUCAGCUCGGCAGAUAGAAGCACCGGGUUCACGUCUCUCAGCAGCAGCAGACGCAGCGAACAGGCGUCUUCCCUCGGCCGUCUGCCUCAUGUUGCUUCCUCAGGGCUGACAUCUGAGAAGUUCAGGCGUCUGGUCAUCGAGCCAAAUAAACUGCAUCACAAGUUUGUUGUUGCCAAUCAAAACACCUUCAGUGAUGCUGGUACACUCACUUUGGAUUAUUUCACUCUGAACUCUGUUGUCAACAGAUUGGACAAGACUUCCUGUGGUCAUGUAAUUACUGUGAUUCAUUUCUGAGCUUUUGUCAUAGAUUGAUUUAUUGACAUGUAGAUAUGGUGCGUCUGUUAUGUGUGGCACGACAGAUUUGCACACUCACUCCUCUCCUUGUUUUCCUCUCGUCCUUCCUCCUUUUCCUCUCCAAACAUCUUUUUGCAGCCUCAGUUCUCUCUCUUGUCUGUGGCGUUGGUAUGGUCACCAUAACACCAUCGCUGUGCGGUGGAACGUGUCCCUCAGCUGGACGACACACACAUAAGAAUAAAGCCCUGUUUCAUAGAGCACUUGUAUAUUCAGACUUAUUCAGAAGCAUAGACAUGCACAGUCACACGUGCAGUGUUGAACAAAGGUGAGUGCGCCCCGGUCGGUGUCACUGAUAUGUUUGGUAAUUUUAUUGGUUUGUAUCUAACAACCAAGAAGAAGUGAAGUCGAUCAUUAGAGAAGCACACCUAAUGAAAGGUUCCUACGGUGCAUUAGACCUUCUCUGUCUUCAUCAAGUCUAUCAGUCCAGUUGCUUAGUUGUUCAGACAGUUUGCCGUCCUGUGGAGCCACAUUGCAUCAGGCACAAGCCAGACCAGAGGGAAAGCUGCGGUGGUUGUGCUGUUGGUCUUAACUGGACAUCUCAGGUGGAGUCACUGACUUUUGUUGCAGUGAGGUCAAACUUUGAGGCUUCAGCUUGUUUGUUUUAACAAUACAUAUCAAGUGCAAGAUGUGGUUUAGUGAGGCCGCACAGGGGUGUAGAGCAUUUUGUUGUAUGCUGAUGCUGUGUCUGUUGCCCUGAGACUUGUUUCUAUAAUAUUGUACAUAGCCCUCUUUUGUAUUGAGACUGUGAUUUUACACAUCAGCAACACUCGCGUCUAGAGACUGUACUGUAUUUGUUCUGAUGAGAGAGAAGAGUGUGUGUGGAAGCAGGCGGCUCGGUCUCUGUGCCAGACUGCUGAACUUGUCCAGUGGACCAAGGCCACACUGAGCGUUCACUCACACUUAAUAUACUGAGUGUUGAAGCUCAUAAAUUCUAGGAAUGAAUUGUCCCUCUGUUGCUGUCAGUUAUUCAGACACAUUCAUGGUCUUACACUAGCUCCACAGUCAAAGGUAAGAAAGCUAGCAUAGUGCAGCCUGUAGAAGCAGCUUUAGGGCUUUUGUGGAACAAACUAAGUACCAGUGACAUAUUAUCACUGUUUGGUUUUCAUGACUAACACGUUAGCAGACAGUUGUUUAUUUACACGUCCUGCAGACAUGAUGCAGCCUGAUCAGUGUGAGUCCAGUCUUCACUCUGCUUUUAGCUCAGUUUUGGGCUCCACCAUCUCCUGACAAACAUACCUGGCUCUUCAGCUGCUGAAUGCUCCACUACAUCCACACAUUAGGUUACUCUGUCUGUUGUUUAAUGCUUCUUCAGUAGCAUAGUCUGAGAUCAGCCGCCUGUUGCUGCUGGAAACAAGGCUGAUUAUAGGCUGCGUCCACGUCCCAGGCCUUAAGACUCAGCUUUGAUCUGUGUGUGUCAGCGCCGUGUACCCGGCUCCAGUGUGAACACCACUGAGCUCCUAAACUGCCACACAUGC